AUGUCGAGUGCGCGAACUUCUCGAUUGAUGCGUGAGAUUAAAAGUCUAGAGACAGACCCUCCUUGGGGUAUAACAUGCAGUCCUGACACUGGAGAAGGAUUUGAUAUAUUGCAUGUUAAAUUAUCCGGUCCGAGGAGCUCACCAUAUGAAGGAGGUGUUUUUGAACUCGUUAUAAAUGUCCCAGAUAGAUAUCCGUUUGAGCCACCACAAGUAAAAUUUGUUACUCCAGUGUAUCAUCCCAACAUCGAUAAAGGUGGCAGAAUAUGCAUGAAUAUGUUGAAAAUGCCCCCCAAAGGAUCAUGGCUACCAACUAUUACCAUUGAAACUUUACUUAUCUCAGUUCAAGCUUUACUUGCCGCACCCAAUCCUGAUGACCCUCUUAUGAUGGAUUUGGCAUUUGAAUAUAAAUAUGAUAUUAGCGUGUCAGUUGAGUACAGACUACUUUGCCAAUGUUGUUUA